GCGUGACUUGUAACGUGUGCGACACGGUGCCUCCUCCUUCUCGCCUCCCUUGUUCAGACGUCCACACGCUCCUUCUCGGCCCGGACAAGCAAACCACACCCGAGAUCAUGGCCGUACCUCCGACCUACGUUGACCUGGGAAAGUCUGCCAGGGACGUUUUCACCAAGGGAUACGGCUUUGGGCUCAUCAAGCUGGACUUAAAAACCAAGUCUGAGAAUGGCCUGGAGUUCACCAGCACAGGCUCUGCCAACACCGAGACCAGCAAGGUGGCCGGGUCCCUGGAGACCAAGUACAAGUGGGCGGAGCACGGGCUGACCUUCACGGAGAAGUGGAACACCGACAACACCCUGGGCACCGAGAUCACCAUCGAAGACCAGUUGGCCAAGGGCCUGAAGCUGACUUUUGACUCCUCCUUCUCGCCAAACACCGGCAAGAAGGGUGGCAAGCUGAAGACGGGCUACAAGUGCGACCACAUCAACCUGGGCUGCGAUGUCAACUACGACAUCAACGGCACGGCUGUGCACGGCGCCGCCGUGGUGGGCUACGAGGGCUGGCUGGCCGGCUACCAGAUGACCUUUGAGGCGGGCAGGAACAGGAUCACCCAGAGCAACUUUGCCGUGGGAUACAAGACGGACGAGUUCCAGCUGCAUACAAACGUGAACGAUGGCACCGAGUUUGGCGGCUCCAUCUACCAGAAGGUCAACCAGCAGCUGGAGACUGCCGUCAACCUGGCGUGGACCGCCGGUAACAGCAACACCCGCUUUGGCAUCGCCGCCAAGUACCAGAUUGACCCCGACGCAUCCUUCUCGGCCAAGGUGAACAACUCCAGCCUCAUAGGCCUGGGAUACACACAGACCCUUAAACCAGGCAUCAAGCUGACCCUCUCCGCUCUCCUUGACGGCAAGAACAUCAACGCCGGCGGCCACAAGCUCGGCCUCGGCCUCGAGUUCCAGGCGUAGAGGCCGUUGCUGCCAAACACCACCCCCUCCCGCCCCUCCAGCCCUCCCGACAUCCCCCCUCAAAUUACAUAAAUUAUAAGGAUAAUGAUUCGCCCCACCACCCCCCACCCCGGAUGUGCCACGACAGUGGAUGAAUAGUGGUGGCCUAAGUCGGACCGCCACCCACAUUUAAAGGACCACGUUUAAGGGAACAUUUAUGUUUUGGGAAGAAAACAGAAGCAUGAAGGGAACAAGUAGCCUCGAGCACGGCCACCCUGGCAGCCGAUCACGUGACUAAAGAAAGAUUAGAACACGCAGAAGAGCUUCAGAACCAAUAAGCAUUCCUGCCUCUCACAAGGCAAUGAAAUCAUUUAUUUUUGUUCAGCUUGAGAACAACAGAACAAGAUGGAAGCAGCUGGAGGUAGCGCGCGCACACACACACACACACACACACACACACACACACACUCCCAUGUGUACAUUCUGUCUCUCGUGUCUUGUUACUUCUAGCAACACUAGUUUAUGGGCAGCCCCGUGUAGUUGAAUCCAGCUGUGAAGUCUUAUGGAGGCAAAGGCGGGGUUAGAUAGCUGCGUCCUGUGGAUGAGAGUUACUGAAUGCGUCCAGGACGCGCUUCGUCUUCCACUCAUGUUUUUGUGGGCGUCGUGCGCAGUGUUCAUGUGACGCUAUUGUCAUUUCCUGAAGAAAUAAACAUCUCCAACCAGU